ACAGCAAUACGACAUGGCUGCCUUCAAGAUCGCCCUUGUGCUCGCCCUCGCGGUGGCUUGCGCUCUCGCCGACGAGCGCCCGCGCUACACAGCCCCAGCCCCUCGCCCCUCCUACGAAGCCCCUCGUCCCUCAUACUCCGCCCCUCGUCCUGCCGAGCGCUCGGAGGAGGAAUACGACGAAGCCAAGUACGAGUUCGAGUGGAAGGUUGACGAGGACGGCAACAACUUUGGCCAGUCAGAGUCUCGUGACGGUGAUGAGACGAAGGGUUCGUACGUCGUCGACCUUCCCGACGGUCGCCGCCAGACCGUGACGUACUCCGUCGACGGUGACUCAGGGUUCGUCGCCGAAGUGUCCUACGAAGGAGAGGCUCAGUACCAGGAGGAGUCUGAGGAGCAGAGGUACGAGGCCCCUCGUCCAGCUUACGAAGCACCUCGUCCUUCAUACCAGGCACCUCGUCGCGGGUAGUGGAACUAAUGUAACAUACAAUGUCUACCAGAACCUGACUACCAGCCUACUUGUACAUAAACAACAGUACCUCUGAGCCCUAUGUAAUUUAUUGUCUUUCAUAAACUGCAACGCAUA